AUGUUGACCGCCAACCAGUCCUCCCAUUUUCAGCCCGAUACAACCAUGAACCGAACAACCAUUCUCCGUGAUUCUUGGCGGUCACCGCCUUCCAGCGGCUUCUUCCGAUAUUUCCAAUUAGCUUGGAGCAGCCCAAAAGAACUGAUUGCACCAGCAACUGUAGCGACAGCAGCGACAGAAUGGACUUCCUGCAGCUUCAACAACAACGGUGAUAGCUCGACAACCGGAAGCUUCUUAACAGUGGCGGCUUCUAGUUGGGCGGCGGCAUACGAUCAGAAGCUACAGCCGAUGUUGGCGGCGUAG